UAGGAUUGACCGACAGCGGCGGGAGAGGACUACUGUUACCCCACACACAGGACAAAGAAGACGGGGGGGAAUUAAGGGAAAAAGAUAAGAGUGGAAGAAGAGAGGAAUAGAAAUGGAUAGCUGUCUCUUCACACUCGUCUUUGGUCUUUCAAUGCUCGGUGGGUGCUUGGCCCGGGUGGUGACGGUGUCUCCUGGUCCAUUAAUCCGGGUGGAGGGUCAAACGGUGUCCAUCAGAUGUGAUGUUAAUGACUAUAGCGGACCUAGUGAGCAGGAUUUCGACUGGAUGAUGUCCAAGGAGGCGAACGGGAAGAAGAUGAAUAUCAUUUCCACCAUUGAUGCCGGCUACUCCGACCCGUCGAUCAGCAAGCGCGUUGCGUCUGGCGACAUCUCCGUGGCGCGUCUCAAGGACAACGAGGUGGAGCUGAAGAUAGCGGAGGUGAAGUCAACAGACGCCGGCUUCUACUGGUGUCAAACCCCGAGCACCGACUCCGUCGCCAGUGGCAACUACGAUGCUAAGGUCCAACUCACUGUCAUCCUCAACACCCUCAAGGUCUCCCCCCUGACCCCGCCCCCAGUCGUCCCAGAAGGAAGUGACCUCACGCUCUCCUGCAACGUCACCCGGGAGCUCACCCUCCCCACCUACCUGUCCGUCACCUGGUCGCUGAAGAGGGGAGCGACAUCGGAGGAAAUUUUGACCUUUGGCCCUCAGGGAAUCUGUGUUCUUUUAUUGACUUGUGUUCUUGUUUCAUUCUUCCAGGUACAACUAGCAAGAACGUUCUCCCCAAGAACACAAGUCUGUUCUUUGCAUUCUUGGUAUUGGGAAACGGCCGUGGUCACAGGGGCCAAGUACACCCGGCGCUACGCUGACGGAGGCAUCCGAUUGGUUCCCGGGAAGAACGGAUUUUUUGAACUGGUGAUUUCCAAAGUGACGACGUCUGAUGAAGGGAUUUAUGAAUGCAACGGAACUGAAUGGACGUAUGAAAAUGGUGGGAAAUGGAUCAAAAUCGUGGAGAGCACAAAAGAGAUGGGAACUGUGGCUGUAAUUCCUACAGAAAACCUAUUAGGAAUUAAUACCUGGAUUUGCAUGGGCGCCAAAGGAGGUCUUGUUGUGGUGCUGAUAAUCGUCGUUAUUGUUUGCUGCGUCCACACAAAACGGAAAAAACGCAUGCAACUGAAGGACGAGGGGGAGCUUCGUUUGGCAUGGACCAAUGACCAACAGCAUCAACAUCAUCAACAUCAUCAACAUCAACAUAAUCAUCCUCCCGAUCCACAUCAUCACCGUUGCCAGCAGCAGCCAGCCGGCCACACCGGUCCUCGCCAACAUCGCUCCAAACAGCACCGCGAGCAGCAGCAUCUCCGACCUCUGGACCCGCCCAGCGCUCACCCUCAGCCCCCGACGACCUGCACAGGCCCCGAGACCAGUUGAUAAAACUGAUGACGAGCAGCCUCCUCCUCUUCCUCAGCCCAGGAAGAAAGCUGCCAAAAUACCAAGAGUGUGACACCAUGUGAGUGUUGGAGUUCAGGAAACCUAAUCACUCCCUUUUCAUUUCUGGGUUCACCUUCUCUUCUUAUUCUCUUUUCAGUUUUGUUCCCGGUUAGCUUACCCUCCCCCAGACUUCUCUAUUGAUGUUUUCGUUCAAACUCAGCCAGAAAAAAAAGCAGAUUAAAGACCCUUUACUCCUCCAUAGCUCGGCGUUAAACAUUAUGAUUUCAUCAGGAUGUGGUGAAAAUCAAUUUGAUCAAAUUUACAGUUUUUGUGAAGUGGUUUAUUAGUACUAAAGCAAAAUUAAAUUACUUUAUUAUAUGUGAUAACAAAUGGUAACUGUAACCUUGUGUAAUCUUGUUAGAGAGACUAUUAGGUA